AUUUGAAGUUGGUACAGCGGAUUUGAAUUGCGUUUGAAUUUAAAGCAAACAUUAUUGAAAAUUCAACGAACAACAACUGACACAUCAUCAUAUGUACAGUUCAGCUAAUGCUUUAUACUAAUUAUCCGGAAUGAACCAACGUGAAUGUCAUGGUUACAGGUGGUAUCCGAAUUAGUAUUCACUUUCGUUUAAGCGUUUUCAAAUAUUUAAAUAGAGUGUGCGUUUUUCAGUUUAGUUUAUUUAAAUAAGAUACUAACACAGAUAUAUAUUGAAUUCAUACGCACACACCGGAUAACACUUGGUGCGGUUUACAAUGGACUCGAUCAGAUCAAUUGUCAAUAGUUAUCCCACAGAAAUGGUUACAAGCUGAGGACUGAAAUAAAAGCCACCGCCAUAACAACAAGAGGACGAAACGCUGCGAGCUGUUAAGUAUGGCCGGGAAGAAUAACCAAUUAGCUGAGGAAUUCCACAGGAUUUACGUGAAUGAGUGGGAAGAGGCAAGGGCUUCCCUGACCAGUGAGAAACACGAGGAGGAAAUCAUAUACCUUCUGAUGAGGAUUGUCAGGUCGGUGUAUGACAUGUGUACUGAAGAUGUAUGGCACAAAUCCCAUAAACACUCCCCUUCAGAGCAUUCGCUUGAGGAGUUUAUUCAGAGCCGCCUCCCGAAGGCAUUACACCCAGGGCAUGUAACAAAUCCAUUACGAUCAUUUAUUCACUCUUGUAUAAAGUGCAUCUCUUCCAUGACGUCACAACGCCAUCCGCUAGCCAUUUACUGGAUUCCAAAGGGAGAUCCGAUAGACAGUGACAUGUUUGACAUAUCCACGGGUACGAGUGGUCAAGUUUGUGACUGGACUGUGUGGCCAGCGGUGGUCAAAGGGGAUGGAAGUGUGGUCAAGAAAGGAAUGGUUAUGCCCAUUGUGUAAUUAUAAGACAAUCAUUGAUAUGUUCAGAAAAGGGGAUUUGACAUAGAAAACCAACUAGUUCGAUAAUAUUUCAUAAUAUUCAAGUUAAUUUGUUUAGUAAGAUUUACGAGGGCAAUAUAUACAACAAUUACUAAUUACUUCUUUUCAAAUAGUUUGUUUUUGUCCUUUUGAAAGCAAUUGAUCUGACACUCAUUUUAAAUGAGCAAAGCAUCUAAUACCAUUUAUAGAUGUUGUAUAUAGAACAUACGUGUACGAGAAACUAAGCAUGUUUUGCUGAAGAAUUUCCAUAAUAUAUUCCAAAGAAACUCCUACUGUAUGUAAAUUAGUUAGAGGCAUAUUUGUUAAGAAAUAUUGCCAAAUGUAUCUUGUUUAUACUAUUUUUAGAAUUAAAAGUUAUCAAGUAAUUAUAGUUA